AUGAACGGCUAUCGAAGCGAACAGGAAGAACAAAGCUCUACUGUCGGGCAGAUUUGCUGCCUUGUCGAAGACAACGACCGCUGUAAGCGACCAGCCAGCAACGCAAGCUACUCCAAGCGAAUUCAGAAGACAGUUUCUCAGAGAAAACUGAAGUUGGCUUUGGACGUAAACGUAAGCGAAAUUUUUUCCGACUGAAUCCUUUCACAGAUCCGAGGUUGCUGACCGAACUGUAAGUUUUUGUUUGAUAGAGCUGGGAUAAUUCGAAUUAAAUUCAUUGUAAACCGGUUUUAUUUCAGGCAAGACACAUCUAUAUUUGCGAGCAUCACAAAAAUAUGAUUCAGAGCGUUCGGAGCAAGAGAAAACGUAAAGAUUCCGACGAUGAAGCGGACACAGCUGAGGUAAGAAGGACAACUCUGUGUUUAUCUUUUUAAGCACCUGGAGUAAUUUACCCUGCUGUUUGCGACGGUUUUCCUUACCAUUCGUGCUCAAACUUGUUGGUUACGUGUUUGAUAUUCUUAGGAAAGAUUUUGACGUGUUCUCUUUCAUCUCGCACAGGUCGAUUUCUGUCAAUUGCAGGUGAACACUCUAAGAAGAUAUAAACGACAUUACAAGUUACAAACCCGACCAGGAUUGAACAAAUCACAGCUUGUUGAGGUAUGUAUGGUUGAACUGAAGAGAUUUUUAUAUUUUUGGUUCGAAGCCUGGAUGGCAAAACACUCGUUGUAUCAUCAUUACAAAUGUCGUUAGUCACCUUUUUGUUACGAUAAACGUAAUUCGAUGUGAGCUAACAAAUUCAAAUGUCUUUUUAUCUUUGAGUAGUCCCUUUUAAUUUGGCUUAGUUCGGAUAUUUGAAGAAUGUUUCUUUUUCUUACAAAGUACGAAAUUCUAGAGAAAACUCGUGCUGUACGUGGAUUUCUACCCUCCUCCCCAUAGAAAAUGCAUUCUUGUCGGUCGAUACUCCUCUGGGGGAGUGGAGUAGGUCGGAAGCUAUACUUUGUCCUUUACAGAAGAUUUAACCCUUUAACUCCAAUGAGUGACCAAGACAGAAUUUCUCCUUACGAUAUCUAUGCAAUAUCAUGCAGACAAGUGAUGAGAAUUAAAAAUAUAUAAAUUAUGGGAUUAUUAAUUGAUCCAAUAUCAACUUCUCCAAACUAACUUAAUGAGAAUCAUUUGACAGACACUUAGGAGAAUUACUAAUGAGAUCUUGGGAGUUAAAGGUUCAUUCUAACUUUCAGUGCUCAUAAAAAAAGUUUCAAAAAUUCAAAAUUUGUUCAGAAGAAAUGAGCAAGUCUGAUUGAAUGGACAUGUUAGUGAUUUAAACCCAAAAAAAAUCUCAACCAAAAUUGUCAAAAUACCAAAUACUGCAAACCCUAGCAAUGUUAUCCAGUUAAUACAAAUAUCAUCAUUUUCCUUUUUGCUGCCAUGUUUUAAGGAGUCCCAGAUUUUCAUAUUGUUUAAGGGAAAGAAGAAUUUGAUGUUUUUCAGUUAGUUAUAUCUUCUGGUUUUCAUUUUGUUAAAAUGGAUUCAUCAAAAAAUUCUAGAGAUCUCUGGAAUUAGGAUUAUUUAGUAUUGAUCACGGUGCUUUUGAGUGGUCCACAUGAAAGGCUUAGUCCUUCCUUAGGAUAUCUUUAGUAGCCUCUUCAGUGUAUCUGUAGUAGCCUUGCCAUUUUUAAAAAGCAUCCUAAAACAUUUCUUUUAAGGGAAGCUUAUAAUUUAUAAGAAUAGCUCUUAAUGUUUAGUGCUUUAAAUACUUUAAUUUUAAUUUUGUAUUGAAUUUUUAGACUUUUAUUUCUUUAGAUUGUAGCUUAGCAAGGAAAUUUGUUAUUAUAAUUAUUGUUAUUACUAGCUUUGUUGGAAUUUUAAUCUUAGCUGUUAAUUGUAACUUAAUGUUAAGUGCUUUUGAAUAUUUUAUAGUCUUAGCACUAUACAAAUUCUUUUUUUAUGUUAUCUUUAUCAGUGUAGCCUAAAUAUUUUUAAUUCUCCAUUUUCAAUUCACAUAAAAACCUUCCCCAUGCCAAACAAUCUCUAUCCUUUCUUGUUAUAUUCUUAAUCCUAAGUUAUUUACUUCUCAAAUGAAAUAUUAUUUGAUGGUGCAUCUCUUUCUUUGAUGAAAUUCUGGUAGUUGAACAAAUGUUGUUUUAAACAUGUCUUACAUGAAGCUUUGUUUUUAUUGUUUUAAGACCAUCCAGAGACACUUCAAACAGAUUCCAUGCCCUGAAAAGGAGACAGUUACUUACUUUAUCUACAUGAUCAAAACCCACAAGAGCAAGUUAGACCAAAAACCAGACAGUAACUGAAGACAGAUGGUCUCCCAUGUGCUGUAAUCUCUGUAUAGAAUUUCAUUUGAACUUGGAGUGAGAAAGAUGAUGUAAACAAAUAUGUUAAUGUGUAAAUACAUUAGAAUGGUCCUGGUGUUGUAGAUAUGUAUAGGUAAACGUUGAGGAGAUCAAUGCAGAAUGAUAUCGUGCUGAAUCAUAAUUCUAGCAUUCUCUUCAGGGGUUUCAUGAAGUUUUGAGGUGGAUGUCAAAAAUUGCAAAGUAGGAAGCUAAUUAAGGUUUAAUUGUUACCCUAGUGUUGUUAAUUUCAGAAAAAAUUGGUGACAAAUUUGCUUGACAUAGGGAAUUUCACCUUUUUUCCAGAUUUUUUUUUUAUCUCAUGUAGAGUUAGGUUUUCCAUCAGUGAGUUACCAAACUUACAAUGUUAAUCAGUGCUCCAAGCCGUGACCAAUUUGAUCUCUCUACUUCAAAGAGAAAAAUACUUAGGCAUGUAAAUCUGCUGCUCAAGUCUCAAAUUUGAAUUCCUGAAUUACUGUGUGAUUCUAGUGUAAUGUGAAAGUUAGAUAGAUAUUAAAUACAGUAGUGUGAAUACUCUGUCAUUUUUUUUAAGGUGGCACAUAAACCUCUGACACAGCUAAGGUGUGUUUUAAACAAAAAACCUGUUUUUUUGUGCAUUGCAUCAUCCAACAUGCCCAUAUUUUAUUUCUUUUUCUCCCAUGGGGGGACCUAAAUAUUGUUCUGCCAGCUAUUUUGACUCAAGAUUGCUAAGGAGAAACAGAAUAGCACUUAGCUUGGGGCUCUGUUAACAGCUGUUGAUUACAUAAUUUAUUUUCAAUACUAACUCAAAUUUAAUAAAUUACGUGAAUAAGAUUUCCCUGUAUUCAGAAUGUGUCCUACAUCAGUAGUUCUCAUAAAUUUGUGUGAAAAUAAAUUAUUUUAAGUUACAUAUCACAACCAGUCACCUUAGUACAAGGCUCUAAUGACACAAGACUCGUCAGUCUGUCAGUUUAAGACUUUGAUGCUGUUACAGUUACAAGCUAGUGUUAAAGUAGCAGUACACUCCAAGAUUUGGAGUUUAUCAUGGCAAAGUUCUAGAUAGGAGUUGAAUGUUUCAUUCCUUUAUCACAUUCCCAUGGAUAUUAACCAUUAUCAAAGUAACAUUCAAAAUGUCUUUGUAAUAAGUUUCUUUUUGAAUAAAAAUUAUAGUAGUGAGUGCG